ACUAUAUUGGAUUCUAAGAAAUAGUCGUGUUUACUUUCUUAGACUGAAACACGCUUUUAGCUGUCGUCUUCCUCUAAUUCCUUCUGUAAUUCAUUUCUGAGGUUUUCAUGCAGGAACAUUGAAAGGCAAGAAAUCUGCAUCCUGUAGGUUUCUAAUCUUCUGAAGACCGUGGAAAUCUGAAGCACGCGUUGUAGUGGAGAUGGAGUAACGUGGUUUUUGAAGGAUUGAUGUUGUUUGGAGAUUGGAGAAGCAAUUUGUAGUGUUUUUGCUUGGUUUUGAGCGAUUCAAUCGGAGGAUUUAUGUAUGUAUUCAUAUGUGAUUUGUUGAAUUGAGGAUCAGAACGUGUAUGCAAAAUUGAUUUGGAAGUCGAGAAUGGAGGUGGAACACGCUCCUCGAGGUUUCCCCUACAAUUCGGCGAAGACGUUGCUAAGAAAGUCAGAGGACAUGGAUUACAACGAUGUUUUCGGUGGUCCACCGCGGCGGUUUUCGAUGCAGGAAUUGCGUGGGAGAAGCGGUUUCCUUGAAACGGCGAUAGGCGAGGUGGAGGUGGAGGACGAGGAGGACAGAGCGUCGACGCCGGUGUUUGGAGAGGAAACGACGCCGAGAAGGAGAAACACCGGCAGCAAUUUCUUCGACGACAUAUUUGGAGGAGACGAAUCUUAUGCUUCGCCGAGGAAUCGCGAUCGUGAUCGGAAUAAUCUCUUCGGUACGAGCCCUAAUUCGACGUUUGUAAGCCCUACCAAGCCUAAAUCGGAGCAAUUUGGUACUUCUUCACUCCCUGCACACUUCAGUCUUCCUGCCAAAUUGAACAAAGUCGAGCUUCCUCCUUUCGCUUCCUUGAAUCAGAGCUCAUACAAGAUAAAUAUCUCUACAAAUGCACUGAUCAGUCCGCGUUCUUCAACUACUUUAUCGAGAUUUUCAAGCCAAGUAGUUCGAAGCCAGGAUGAGGUAAAAAAUGAAGCUCGUCUUUAUCGUCAAAGCACCUUGCCUCGUGAGGCUUGUUUCAGAUUUGAAGAUUCACCAAAUACUGCCACAUCUGAUGAAAAGGAAGUUUCCCCAAAUUCAAACAAGAACAGGAAAAGCUUCGAUGGUUUCUCCAUCUAUAAAUGGGCUUCAGGCAGAGCAAUUCCAAUGAUGAAUCUUAUGGGUAGAAAUAGUUCAAGAAAAUCCAAGGAUAGAAUUGAAAGGUGUGCAAGCUUUAACGAGAGGGCAGAAAGCAGACCAUCCAUUACCAGAAUGGAAGAUUUUUCUGCACAUAAGGAGCCUGUAAAUGCAAAAAUGGAAUCUGAGAAGAUAGAUUCAGGAAGCAAAGAUGAGGAGAAAGAACCUUUAGGUGCAGAAGUUGUUACUAGCGGAGCUAUAGGAAGUAUAAAACCAAAAAGACGGAUGUCGCGCGCUGAAAUCCGAAUUAUGGAGAAGUUUGUAAGAGAAGUCUCUCUAAAGGAUGAAUCUCUCGAGUCUGAAGUGAUGCCAACUCUUCGUUCGUUGCUCAUUGCUGAGGCCGAGCAACAAGAAAUGGAAGACAACAAGAUUACAACUCCAUGUAAAGAUCAACCAGAGAGCAGUAAGAGUUCAAACAAGAUCGAAAGCAUUGAAAUCCAUGAGGACAGCAAUGCUAAUCCAGAAGCCGGCCCUGGUAAAAGAGUGGCUGCAGAAAAGGUAAAGGGGUUUGUUGAGUUUUUCAACCAAGAACCUAAUUGGAAGAGGAAAGGCGAUGUUCAUGUCGGUAGUGGAAGCCAUAGAUGGAAAGCUACAGGCACUGAUCAGAAAGAGAAUGUUUGUUUGAAUACAGAAAAGGCGGAUGAUUGUCUAGAAAAGGAUGAAAUGCGGAGUAGUGAAGAAAAGAAGAUCACGACCGAUGAAAGUGACAAUCUUUCUAAUAAUCCAAGUGCAGCAUCUUCAUUAGAAUCAAUUCUCCGGUACUCAACAACUUCAGUUGAUAAUUCAUAUGAAUCUUUGGAAGACAACUUCAGGGUUGCGCAAUUGUCCGGUGAUAUUGAAGAAGCCACACAGGGUAGUGAAGGUUUGGACACCAUCAAUGCUAUAGAUGCUAAAAUUGAACAAUGGUCACUGGGGAAGACAGGAAACAUCCGUUCACUGCUGUCGACUCUACAAUAUGUUCUAUGGCCCGGAAGCGGAUGGAAUCCAAUACCUCUCGUUGAACUGAUCGAACCAAAUUCAGUGAAGAGAGCAUAUCAGAAAGCUUUACUGCGCCUGCAUCCCGACAAGCUGCAGCAGAGCAGCGCCGAUUCUCACCACAAAUAUACUGCUGAAAAGAUUUUCGACAUUCUUCAGGAGGCUUGGGACCAUUUCAACACUCUGGCUUCACUUUGAAAGCCAUGGAAAUUCCCAAAAGAGCUGACCAUUCCAUUGCAUGCUCCUUUGUUUUAUCAGAAAUUACUGUCAGUAAAUUUUAAAUUCUUUGCCUGGUUUGCAUAGCAUGCUGUAAUUACAGUUUGUUGUGUGUUUAUUUGGUUACAUCUUUACUGAUCAUAAUAACAUUUUACAGUGCAGUGUAGAUAUGCUGUUUUUUUA